AAGAUCAUCUUGGUCAAGUUAAAGCAAGUUUCAUCUGUUCUCUAGGAAAACAUGGUGAGCUAUAAAGUAAGCGUCUACACUGGAGAUGCUGCUCAUUUUAGCACUUUCCAUGAUUUCUGCAUCACAUUGGUGGGGACAGAUGGUGAGAGUGAACCCACGAAGCUCAGCACAUGGAUCCCAUCCUUUAAACUGAAUCCGUUCACUCAUGAGGUGAAAUGCACCAAGCCACUUGGUGAGCUUUUAGCAAUCAUUUUGCAGAAGGAAUACCAUUGGGUGUACCCAAACGGCUCGUGGUUUGUUGCUAAGGUGGUGGUGGAAUCGCCAAUGGGACACAUCUUCCAGUUCCCGAUCUACAAAUGGAUCACUGACUGCAAGGAUCACUAUUUCCAGGAGGGAUCAGCAAAAUUUUUCAGUCAAGAAAAAGAAAACAUCACCAAAUUAUGUUGGACAAAAGAUGUCGAAGAACAGCAGGCCCUCUAUAGCUGGGAUCAGCCUAAAGAUGGAUUACCAUACAACAUUAAAGCAGAGUCCUGUAGUUCACUGCCCGUUGAUGUGCGUUUCUCCUACACGAAGGAAAUAGAGAUGAUGUACACUAAAGAAAAAGCGCUUGAUGAGCUAAAAGUGGCAGAAUGGUUGGAGCACAAGAAAAAGUGGACUAAUAUUGAAGACAUAAAAUAUCUGUACUCCUACCAUCGCACUGAAAUAUCUGAUUAUGUCUGUCAGAAUUGGAAGAAGGACUCCUUCUUCGGCUACCAGUUUCUGAACGGAGUAAACCCGAUGAUGAUCCAGCGCUGUGAAACUCUGCCUGAGAACUUUCAAGUGACUGAUGAGAUGGUCUUCAAAGAUGGGAAUCAGAGUCUGACAGAUGAGAUGAAGAAAGGCAACAUCUUCUUGAGUGACUACAAGAUGUUGGAUGGAGUGAAGGCAAACAUCAUAGAUGGGAAGCAGCAGUACAUGGUGGCUCCUCUUGUUUUGCUGCACCAAACUGAUGACAAACUGAUGCCGAUUGCAAUUCAGCUGAAACAGAUUCCAGCAGAGGACAACCCCGUAUUCCUCCCCACUGACUCAGAGUGGGACUGGUUGUUGGCAAAGAUGUUUGUGAAAAAUGCAGAUUUUAACAUGCAUGAACUCAGUUCUCACCUGCUACGCACUCACCUGCUGGCUGAGGUGUUCGCAGUGGCUCUGCUGCGCCAAAUACCCAUGAUGCAUCCUCUCUACAAGCUUCUCAUACCUCACACUCGCUACACGCUGAUGAUCAACUGCCUCGCGCGGAAACUUCUCUUAUCUGAUGAUGGCAUUUUCACCAAGAUUGCAUCUUCUGGUGGUGAAGGUAUGUUCACCAUUCUGCGGAAGGCGCUCUCCUCCAUGACCUACAGAUCCCUCUGUUUACCAGACGACAUCUGUGACCGUGGGCUGGAGGAUGUGCCCAACUUCUUCUACAGAGACGAUGGUCUGAAGCUGUGGGACAUCAUCCACAGCUUUGUGAAGGGAACCCUCCAGUACUACUACAAGGACAAUGAGAUGGUCCAGGAAGACCAGGCUCUGCAGCAGUGGAUCGGUGAUAUAUAUUCAUAUGGGUUCCUCAAAGAGAAAAACACAGGUAUUCCAAUGAGAUUCGACACUGUAGACGAGUUGGUGAAGUUUGUCACCAUGGUGAUCUUCACCUGCUCAGCACAGCACUCGGCUGUGAACGCCGGACAGUAUGACUUCAUUGGCUGGAUGCCCAACUCCCCAGCGACCCUGCAAUGUCCACCGCCUUCCAAAAAGGGAGAAGCUACAGAGGAAACUCUACUGGACACACUGCCUUCUUUGGAUAUUACCGUGCAGUCGAUGGCCGCAGUUUGGCUGCUCAGCAAGCAGUCCAGUGACUCCGAGUUCCUCGGCAACUACCCAGAGCAGCGGUUUAUUGAAAAUGUUCCCCUGAACAACAUAAAGGUCUUCAAAGAGCAACUUGAUGAGCUGAGUCUGCAAAUCAAAGCCAGAAACGAAGAACUUGAGCUGCCUUACACAUACCUGGACCCGAAGGUGGUGGAGAACAGUGUGAGCGUUUAGGGUUGGAUCCUUCAUCGGUUCUGGUUAAGUUCCUCCUGAACAAGACAGCUUGGUAUAAGUUAGGGUGAUUCUGGGUUGGUGGAGGGAGACUACUGCUUGUUAUCUUAGAAAACUUAAAUGAUUGUAAUAAAAACCUUGUGUUUCUGUAAGAACGCAGAACUAGCAGGAAUUAAUUGUGACCUUUGAAGCCGUUUGCAAUGAAAUAACAAGCAGAACCAUAUAUUCUGAUUUUUUUUUUAGAGACGUAGUAUGGUCUUUCAUGUUUGGGAGCUUUUCAACCACAGCUCGAUUAAUGGCUAGAGAUUUUAUUGUGAUGUUGUUUGUUCCAGGGAGUGAAAUAACAUGUUGAACCUGAUUACAUAAUAAACUGAUUUUAAAAUGA